AUGGCAGAAGUUGUGGAUGGCGUUGCUCCAACGGCCAUCAGUGCAACGCCUUCAUACUCUGUUGCCCACCAAAUUGUCGAGCUCGAUGUUGACUUCAAAGGACGUAGAGUCUCUGGAAAAACCGAAAUCACACUUCACCCGCAAAGCAAAGACCUAAAGACCAUCACGCUUAGUUUGAGGCAAUGCAGGAUUAUUCGCCUUACUGUGAACAGCAAACCCGUUUCACGUAUGCAAUAUAUCGAUCCAUACACAAAAACUAAGCUCGCUGGUAAUACGACCGCCCAUCAGCAUCAUCUUCUAGCUCUCAAGCUUGCGAAUGCGUUGAAGACACCUCCAGACGGGGAGGUGGCCUUUGAUGUGCCGAAGUCUGUCCACAUUGACGAGGUCAAUUUGAACGUCAUCUCUAGCAAUCAAUCUAGCCUCCUCAAUCACACAAAUGGAGAUGCUCCUGGGUCUUCUCUGGUUGACUCGGCACAAGCACUCACGGAUACUUCCAUUGCGCGCUAUACACCGUUGAUCAUCAGCAUUUCGUUCAGCAUAGAUGACGUCCGUGAUGGAAUACACUUUGUUGCACACGGGACUGGUGCUGGAAGAUUCCCUCAUGCGUACACGCCGAGAACGAAUGCACCAGGUAGUGCAUGCUGCAUAUUUCCUUGUGUGGAUGCAGUGAAUGCUCGUUGUACAUGGGAAAUCAAGAUAGGAUGCCCUCGCACUGUAGGUGAUGCUCUACGAGGUUCCGUAUCACAUGAAGCAAUACACGCAGGGUCCGGCAUAGAACAGAGCUCUUUACAACCGCGGUCUGCACACGAGGAAAGAGAGAUGAUCGUAGUAUGCUCGGGAGAACAUAUCAGCCGCAAGGAGGAUCACGAAGACUCAUCGAAGGUAGUAACCUCAUUCUCUUGCUCGGUACCUCUUUCUGCGCAGCAGAUCGCAUUCGCAAUAGGCCCUUUCGAAGAGGUCAAAUUGUCCGAUUUUCGCGUACCAGAAGAUGAUGUUGGGUCGAAUGCGGUGGAAGUUCUCGGUUAUUGUCUUCCUGGUCGAUUGGAGGAGCUCCGAAAUACCUGCUUGCCAACGGUCAGAGCCAUCGACUUUGUUACUCGAAAGUAUGUUGCUUGUCCAUUUGCAACCUAUCGAAUAUGCUUUGUUGACGACCUUGAGAACGAUACGGCCAUUGCAGGAGCAUUUACACUUUGCAGUAAUAGACUACUCUACCCAGCGGAUAUUAUAGACGUCGCCGAAGAUGUCACCAGGAAACUGGUUCACGCAAUUGCAUCGCAGUGGGCUGGCAUCAAUGUCGUUCCACAAGAACCUACAGAUAGCUGGAUUGUUAUCGGGGUUGCACACUACAUCACAGAAGCCUAUAUGAGAGACUUAUGCGGCAAUAAUGAAUAUCGCUUUCGUAUGAAACAACAAGCGGACCGUGUUUGUGAGAUGGACCAUAAUCGGCCGUCACUCUUUGACUUGGGCACUAUGUUGCAGGUUGACCCUGCAGAGCUUGAGUUCAUGUCACUGAAAGCUUCCUUGGUUCUGUUCAUCCUUGAUCGGAGGAUAGCCAAAGUCGUUGGCCUACCCAAAAUGCCUGCGAUAAUCUCCAAGAUCUUGCUGCGUGCUAGAAAAGGGGAGCUGCCUGGUAAUGCUCUAUCUACGGAACUAUUUCAGAGAACAUGCGAAAAGUUCUACCACAGCAAAAUCGAUGACUUUCUUAAUCAGUGGGUGCGAGGUGGUGGUUGUCCUCACUUCAGGGCUUUUCAAAAAUUCAAUAAAAAAAAGCUUGUGGUGGAAAUGAUGAUUAGACAAGUACAAGGAGAGCAUACCAACCGAGACCUUGAACCAGACACCUUCAUGCGCGACGUCAGAGAAGAUUUUCACAACAUAUGGGCAGCGCCUCUCCAGAACGUCUUUACCGGGCCUAUUACUAUUAGAGUCCACGAAGCAGAUGGCACUCCAUAUGAGCAUGUGGUGGAGAUUAGAGAAGCCCAGAUGAGAUUUGAAAUUCCCUACAACACAAAGUAUAAACGGCUGAAGAGGAGUAGGCGUCAGAGAGAAAAGAACUUCAAUGCUGCUGCUGCGAACGCCGACCCGUCCGAGGCCGAGAACGACGCACUGCUCUAUUGUCUCGGUGAUGUCCUCCAGAGUGAGGAGGAAAUCAAAAAGUGGAGAAUCUCAGGAUGGACUCCUGAAGAUGAGGAAAAGAUGAGCUCCGAAUCAUACGAAUGGAUCCGGGUCGAUGCCGAUUUCGAAUGGAUUUGCAAGCUGGAGCUCAACAUGGCUGGCUACAUGUACGCCUCGCAGCUGCAGCAAGAUCGUGAUGUAGUGGCCCAGCUGGACGCAGUACAAGCCAUAAGCAGAUUCCCCGCCAGUCCGCUUAUUUCAUCAAUCUUCCUACGGACUGUGAUGGACAAAAGGUAUUUUCACAGGCUCAGAACUUCAGCAGCCAUGGCAAUGGUGCGACAAGCUACCCCAGAUACGGAUUACAUCGGGUUUUGGCACCUCAGAAAAGCCUUUGAAGAACUGUUUUGCUUUUCGGACACGACAUCGACCGUAGCGCGCCCGAAUGAUUUUUCGAACAUAGCUGCAUAUCAGCUUCAGUGCGGGCUCAUUCUAGCAAUCUCAAAAGUACGAGAUGCUAAGGGAAUUGCGCUGCCGGAAGCAAUUGAAUUUCUGCUUGACAAACUCAAAUUCAACAACAACGACACAAAUCCGUUCUCUGAUUGCUUCUACAUUUCGAUGCUAAUGCAAUCUCUCUGCGAAGCAAUCUGUACCCAUGGCAAGAAAGACCGUCACUUGGACGAAAUGGAUCUUGACGUGCUGGAUCGUCGAGAUCGGGAUCGGCAAUUAGAGAAGGAUUCUCUCGAAGUCAUUGACCGGUAUCGGAGAAUGGAUGAAUGGGCAGGCUCGUACCAGAAUCUGUACUCAAGGACUGCGCUUGAUUGUCAACGACGGCUUUCAGACAGCAGAAUUGGUAGAGCGAGCACGAUGCAUUUCCUGCAAUACACUCGCCCUGGUAAUUAUGAUAUGCUGCGCCUGACUGCAUUCGAAAACCUCAUCCUACCGAAAAUUCUUCAGAGCCCAGCUGUCCUUCGUUAUACGACAUUUUGCAUGUCAUCGGAUCCUUCUCCGUGGAUUCGAAGAAGCCUACGCAGAUUCUUCGGCAAGCUCCUAGCCGUUGUUGCCAUUGGAGACCAUCUGAAGUCUUCUCAGGCUGACAUAACGGAAGACCUCGUGAUAGAGAAUGACGCAGACGUGGGGAACCAGCAAGCGCAAGCAGCCAGAAAGCGUGCUGUUGACGUAGCUAUAGCCGCGCUGAAAGAGGAAAUUGGCGACAAUGAUGACCUGAAGACGUCCUUGUGGACGGCCGUCAGUUGCGACACCCUUUCACUUGAAGAGUUGCAGGCAAUGCUAUAUUUCUGCAGAAUGCUUUAUGACCCUGUUGAUUCGCUCAAGGUCACUAUCAAGUACCCAAGAUACUGGAAGCUUGAACAUAUUGGAAAGGGCAAGUUGAAGUUUAUUCGAACGAACCAUGUACGCACAAAGCCUUUUAUCAAAUGGGUACCCAAAGCAUUGAGCCCCCUGACAACGAAAUAUGACCUUUUGCCACCAAAAUCCUCUGGGCCCAAGCUCUUGUUAAAAAAUCCGGUGCCGCCAACACUGCUGCAACCAUCUCCACCUCAAGCACCAGCGGCGAGCGUAGAGAGAGUUCUCUUCAUGACUCCGCUGUUCGCAAACCGCCGCAAGCCCAAACGAGUGGGCCGCGAAGCUGAAGCCCCUACUCAAGAAGAAGCAGAAGAUUCUGGUCCUGUCGUCCGAAGACCUGGCUUGAGUAACGUGCCAAAGCACAAAUCGAAGCUCCGGGUAUCUUUCGAUCCUGGACAGGCUGCGGCUGAAGAUGAUCCGAAUGAGGAGAGUUCUGGUCAACCCAAGACUAUCAAACAAACCAACUUGGUAAAACGGGCUGCAGGUAGCGAUCUGCUAAAACGAUCAUGGAGUCCGUCUAGGCAUUUGGGGCAGGCAGUCUCUCGAAACAUUCACGAAGAUGAUCGUCCAACAUAUAGCAAGGAUUACCUCAACGAGCUGCGAAAUUCCACCCCCUCAACUCCCAGGGACAUAUCUUCGCACACUUCGGAGGAUGACGAAUCUUCUAAAACGGUAGACAUUCUAUCAAAGUUUGGCACAAUACACGAGGAUGCGAACGUAUCUGCGAUACCUACCGAAUCCGAGAUUAGAGAAAAGAAGGAAAGAAGAGCCCGCCUUGCAAAGGAGCAGGACUUUAUAUCGCUUGAGGGUGAUGGCGAUGGCAGAUACAUGCAGCUCUCUACACGCAAUGAGCUCAAAGAGACCAGGCUUGUUCGUGAUGACGAAGACCUAGCAGAAGGGUUUGAUGACUAUGUUGAAGAUGCUGGUCGAGUGGUUCUGGGCAAGAAGGCAAAAGCCGCACAGCACAAGAAAGAACGGGAGUCGAUGAGAGACAUGAUUGCAGAUGCAGAGAAUAUCUCUGACGAUGACGACUCGGAUGCAGCACAGAAUUUGGCUUAUGAAACUGCACAGACCCGAAAUGCAAUGGAUGGUCUUGGUUUAGGCAGAGAAAGAGAUGACUCUCAAACAUAUGCGCCGCCGAUAAUCACGCCAAUACCUCGAUUGAGCUCUGUCUUGGAACGACUGCGGGCUACCAUCAGUAAUUUGGAAUAUACAAGAGCGAGACUGUCGAAGCAGAUGGCUGAUCUACAGCAGGAAAAAGCCGAGAUUGCCGUACGGGAAGUAGAGAUCCAAAGGUUGGUAUCGGAAGCGGGAGAGAAAUAUCAGCAGCUUCGUUCAGAGUCAAAUGCAGAUGGAAUGGGCAACGUCCCAGCGAGCACUCAAGCGAAGGCGGAGCGAGGCCUUGAGUCCAUGGGAAACACUUGA